AUGGAUAAAUUAAAUUCUGACUUAAUCGAGAGUCGUCACUGUUCCAGACUUGCCGGUUGCGCACCUUUCUACCAUCGACGACAGCUAAUGAUGCUUCGCAUGAUACAGGAAGCAAAAUAUGAAUUUCGAGCAGACCAGUGGUCUCAAAUCACUUCCGAUGCUAAAGAUUUGAUCAAACAUUUGCUAGUUGUUGACGUUCAACAGCGUUUAACUUCAGCACAUUGUUUGCAUCAUCCCUGGAUGAAAACUGCUGCUGUAACUCUAAAGAAGAGCGUGGUGCAACAAAAACUUAUCGUUGAAAAACGAGACUACAAAAAGCUUUGGAAAUAUAGCAUUACAAUGGCACGAUUUUUCGUACGUCUAACGAAUAUCAAAGUAUUAAAAUUAUUGGUUGAUCGUGAUGCUCUGAGAGAACGUCCAUUUCGUGAUCGUGAUAUUCGACACGAAUCUGAGGCUGCUGUAUUUGAAGUCUAUGGACAUUGGGUCAAUCGUGGUUUCUACUAUUCACGUGACAUGCUGUUCGCAAAUAAACCUAAGCCGAAAUACAGAGUAGUGGAAGUUGAGGUCAACUAG